AUGUCGCAACAACAGCCGAACAAAGCUGACAACAGGCAGCAGUCAGAUUACUUUACAUCCCAAAGACCUGCAGCAACGCCUGAGCCACGACAGCAACCCUCGGCAACACGCAUGCCAUCGGGUUUGGCACAAAGUCGUUCCAAUGCACCAAGUAUCGGGAGACUUGACACCGCUCGUUUGGAGUCACGACCCGAGAAUGAGCGCAGUACCACUACUGCAACGGGUAUGACCCAAAUGGGCACCAUCAGAAACACGCCCACUGCUCGAAAGAGCCGGGCAACUCGCGAGAAUGUUCGGCAAGAGCCGCCGCGACGACCUGAGAAGAAGCAACAGCAGACUGUAGACGUCGAGAACGAUUACUUCUCACUGAACCCUUGGUACAAUGAGCAAAAGUCAAAGCCAGUCUUCGGUUUGGGCGCGCCUUUGCCACGCACUGUACGUAAGGGGGAUGCAGAUGGUAUUGCUCGGCAAGAUGGCUUAGCCUUCCAUGAUGGCAAAGAUUUGGAAGAAGAUUCAGAAGACUCUCAGGAGACGCUAGACGGCGUCGGUCGCCCACACCAACGACGCGACCCCUCGCAUUUCCAGACAACAGUCGACGGCCGCAAUGUCAACAUGAAACGCGUGCCAACAAGUGAAGCUGACCAAGUGCUUGGCCGCAACCAAGAACCAAACGCUCGCAGCCAUGAACAUCAUGAAGGCCAGGAACGUGCGCCCGUCAACGAGCAUGGCUUGGAGUUCUCUGAUGGACGUGGGCAGCAGCAGCACUUUGGUUUACAAGACGGUCUUCCGCCGCUCCAGGAACACGAUACGAAUAUGUCUUCACAGACUAAACAGGAAGAGAAAGAGAUUCAACAACGGGAGCAUGAGGCAGAACGCGAGUUCUACAACCAAUACCGCAACCCUAUCGCUAGGCUGCGAGCCAAGUACCCACAGGCACCUGCCGAGUUCCUCGCCACGUUUGUGUACCUCCUCAUCGGACUUUGCGUCAAUCUUUCAGUCGCCACAUCUCAAGAAGGCACCGGCAGCUUCGAGACCCAAGCCUGGGGAUGGGGCUUCGCAGUCAUGAUUGGCAUCUACCUCGGCGGCGGUGUCAGCGGUUCACAUCUCAGUCCCACAAUCUCGAUCUCGCUAUCCGUCUACCGCGGUUUCCCCUGGAAGAUGGCAAUCGUCUACAUCUUCAUGCAGUUGCUGGCCGGACUUUGUGCCGGAGCUGUAGCUUACGCCCUUUACGCAGAUGCUAUUCAUGCAGUAGACCCCGGUCUUACCCUGGAGAUGACCGGCAAGGCUCUCUUCCCUCAAGGACCCAUAUACUCCACCGCAACCGGCUUCUUCAACGACUUCGUCUACAUGGCCAUUUUCGUCUGCGUCAUCUUCGCCCUGGGAGACGACCAGAACUCGCCUCCAGGCCAAGGCAUGACAGCCUUCGUCGUCGGUCUUACAGGUUUCGUCACCAUGAUCGGGCUUGGCUACAACACGGGUCUGGGUAUCUCGCCAGCGCGCGAUCUUGGUCCAAGGCUCAUCGGAUUAUGGGUUGGAUACGAUUCGGCCUUUGAGAACGGGUACUGGGCCUAUGGUUCUUGGGGCGCAUCUAUUGCUGGUGCGCUAUGUGGUGGCUUGAUGUAUGAUUUGUGUAUCUUUGUGGGUGGAGAGUCGCCUGUUAACUACAGGUGGCCGCAGCCGGGCGACAUUAAGUGGAAGGCGAAGGAGAAGAAGGAUAAGGCGAAGGAUAGGAUUCAGCAGGUGGCGUGA